AUGGCAAGGGCUUGGUUUAUUGAUGGCAGAUCAAUUGCAAGGAAAGUGUCUCGAUUUUCUACUAGUCAAAUCAAAGACUGUGGGGCAAAUCGUGAAUGCCCAAAAUGCCAUUGUCGUAUAGAUAACAGUGAUGUUUCUCAAGAAUGGCCUGGCCUGCCUGUUGGUGUAAAAUUUGAUCCUUCUGAUCCGCAGCUUUUAGAGCAUCUUGAAGCAAAAUGUGCUGUUGGAAAUUCCAAACCCCACGUGUUCAUUGAUGAGUUUAUUCCAACACUGGAUGGCGAUAAAGGAAUUUGUUAUACCCAUCCAGCAAAGCUUCCUGGUGCUAAGAAAGAUGGAAGUAGCGUCCAUUUCUUUCACAGAACAACUAAUGCUUAUGCUACUGGUCAACGAAAGCGCCGCAAGGUUCACCGUGAACUUAGUUCCAAUGAGGAGAAUGUCCGUUGGCACAAGACAGGCAAGACAAAAUCUGUGAUGGACAAUGGAGUUCAGAAAGGCUGUAAGAAGAUCAUGGUUCUUUAUAAAAGUUCAAAGAAGGGGUCCAAACCAGAUAAGUCUAAUUGGGUGAUGCAUCAGUACCAUCUGGGUACUGAUGAAGAUGAAAGGGAAGGUGAAUACGUAGUUUCCAAAGUUUUCUACCAGCAGAAGCAAACUGAAAAGAACGAUGACAUUGUACUUACUGAAGAUAAUGAUAUUUUGUCACAUCAAACUAGUCCAAGGACCCCCAAUCCCAAUCCUCCCAAUCCGCCACGACCAGGGACAUCUGUUAUGUAUGAUGACGUCGCCGAUGAUAACAUAAUGCAGUUGGCUGUGCAGAAAAAGGAGAUUAAGGAAGAAGCACCAGUUGUACCUGUAGAUGUUUUUCAGCUUGAGGGUGAUGUGGAAUACCCUGAAUGGUUUGCUGGUGAAUCUCAGGGUGUUGAAAACACCGAUUUCAAUGGCUUUGAUGAUUCUCUAUUAUGCAACGAAAUUCUUGAUUCUGCUCUUCGUGUUCCAAUUAAUUCAGGGGUAAACCCUGUUUCAUACACUGGUAGUGCCCACAAUACGAAUGAAGUGAAAGAAAACAAUAACGAACCUUGUGGAAUUGCUGACUUGGAGAACCUUGAACUGGACACUCCACCUGAAUGGUUUGCUGGUGAAUCUCAGGCUGUUGAAAACACCGAUUUCAAUGGCUUUGAUGAUUCUCUAUUAUGCAAUGAAAUUUUUGAUUCUGCUCCUCGUCUUCCAAAUAAUUCAGGGGUAAACCCUGUUUCAUACACUGGCAGUGCCCACAAUACAAAUGAAGUGAAAGACAACAAUAACGAGCCUUGUGGAAUUGCUGACCUGGAGAACCUUGAACUGGACACUCCACCAGAUUUCCAGCUUGCUGAUCUGCAGUUUGGCUCCCAGGAAACUGUCUGGAAUUACCAGCAUUUCUUCAGCGGAAUGAAGUUAGCUUUUGAGUAUUGCUUUAAAGGGAAAUCAGUACCAGGAGCUGCCACUGUGGUGUGGCGGAAAUGGGGCUCCCUGGUGAUUUUGUGCCGUGGCCUUAAUCUUUGCUUCUACAAGCUGUGUCGUACACUUGCACCAUUUAGCACAUCUACUGGUGCCGCGCAGCAAGCAAAAGCUGUGGAAGCAACAAUUCAAUCUUUGGCAAUAUCUGUUAGAUGGUAUUCAACUUACUCUUAUGACUUGAAUAUUGUAAUCGUUUAA